AUAUUUCUCGGUAACGAGAAUACAUGAGAGCCCGCCCGCAACGCUACAAUCAAUACGUUCGUCGCGCUUACAUCGUAUGAUAUACGAAAUCUUCGAGCUGCAAAAAUCUGUUUAUAUUUUUGCAAUCCUUCGUUUCCGGCAGAGUUUUUUGCCGAAAUCCACUCGUAGAAAAGUUUCUGACACUUUUGAAACGGGUUUUGUUCUAAAAUGGACAAAUCUUGGGACUCUAAAAACAAUUUUGAAAUCCCAUCUUCUGCUCGGUGCCUGCCGGGCACGAGCAAGUCACCAUCGGAACCUGCAAUCACGGGGACGGGUACUAACCCGCAGGCAGCCGGGACUAUAAUGCCUACCUUACCCGGUGCUUCUCCCCCGACGAGUAAGGCAAAGCCGAGCUCGGGCAUCGCUGUGGGUACUCCCAAAUGCAAAAUUAGUAGCAAGGCAAAGCCGAGCGAGCAAGAAAAUACUAAAUCGUCUAAGACGAAAGUCAAAUCCUCUGACAAUAAAUAUGUUGGUAAGGCUAAGCCGAACCGCGAGGUUGACAACACGAGCAAGGCUAAGCCGCGCUCGGACUCAAAAUCGAAGUCUGUGGAUUCACGCAUUGAUAAGCUGGAAGACAUGCUUUCUGUGUUAAUGGAGAGAAUCCCUGCCCCGGCACAGCCGGCUCUGGCCCCACAGACAUUCUCCUCUCCGGUUGAUAAAAACACGGAGCCCCUCUCGGUAGGAAGAUUGACCUCGGGGGAAGGCCUUUUGGCCGAUGAUUUUUAUGAUGGAAGUGAAUCGCCAGGUAGCGAACUUCUUUAUGAUACCGACGAUGUCGGAAGCAUGGGCAGAGCUGUUGGUAGUGUGCCUACUACUGCCGGCAAGGGACAAGAUUCAAUCCCCAUGAUCGCCGCAAAAUUUGCCAUGCCCUCGGGGAUUGGUGCCCCCUUACAUGACGACAUAGCUCAAUCUAUGACUUAUUUGAUGAGCAACAAACUGGAAGAAAAAUCUCUGGAUGAGGCGGCUGAGAAAUAUCUUUCCCCCGAAAACUGUGAAUUGCUUGACACUCCAAGAGUGAACACAAUUAUUUGGGAAAACUUGCGUUCAGCAACUAGAAAUAAAGAUCUGAAAAUUCAGUACAUCCAGAAGUCAUUAACCAAAGGCUUGUGUGCUUUCGCACGAUCUCUGAACCCGGCUACGAUGACCGAGGAGCAGCAUGAUGCAUUGGCGCUGCUAUGUAAUGCCAAUUACGGCCUAAAUUCCAUGAGGAAGAAUUUGAUCAAACCGGAUCUCAACCCUCUUUUUCAUCAUCUGUGCUGGCCAACUUACCCAGUUACCAAACACUUGUUUGGCGAGGAUCUGGGGCGCCAGGUUAAAGAACUGCAAGAACAGCAAAAAGCCACGGCAGGUGUUAUGAACACGAGAAACCAGCCUCAAGACAGGCAUCAACGCUCAUAUCAUCCUUAUCGCAAGGUUACAGACUAUGCCAAGCACACCAUGAAACGAGCUGGCUGGUUCCCCAAUCGAGAUCAAGGCAAUUCGUCAUCCCGUAUGUAUGGGAACUCAGAGCGCCCUUUUUUAGGGCAGCGCCAGAAUUCCAACUUCAAGAAAGGGAAUUCAAAACAACAGGCAUCACACACCUACACCCCAACAGCAGCCAACAGGGGCAAACAAUCGUACCAUCGCAAGAAGUAGUCGAGGGAAAUUCCCCUUCAGGCUCAAGCACUCAAGAGGCUUGGCGUGCACACUGUGACCUACAUGGAUUAACAGAGAGAACUACAGACAUUAUUGGUGCAUCAUGGAGAGAAUCAACAAAGAAACAAUACAACAUUUACAUCUCCAAGUGGAAAAUUUUCUGCGAACAGCACAAACUUCCAUGGAUGCAGGCUAAAGCUAAGGAUAUUUUAGAGUUUUUCA